GACGCCGGGCGAAGAUGAAUAACCCCAUACCUUCCAAUUUGAAAUCAGAAGCAAAAAAGGCUGCUAAAAUAUUAAGAGAAUUCACAGAAAUUACUUCCAGAAAUGGACCUGACAGGAUCAUUCCUGCCCACAUAAUCGCCAAGGCAAAAGGACUCGCAGUCCUGUCUGUGGUCAAGGCUGGGUUCCUGGUGACAGCCAGAGGAGGCAGCGGCAUCGUGCUGGCGCGGCGUCCGGAUGGGAAAUGGUCCGCACCUUCUGCCAUUGGGAUAGCUGGCCUUGGUGGGGGAUUUGAAAUAGGAAUUGAGGUAUCGGAUUUAGUAAUAAUUCUGAAUUACGGCAGAGCUGUAGAAGCUUUUGCGAAGGGUGGUAAUCUGACACUCGGCGGGAACCUCACGGUGGCUGUCGGGCCUGUGGGAAACUGCAAGUCCAGGGGUCUCUUUGCUGGUGUGUCUUUGGAGGGCAGCUGUCUGAUCGAAAGGAAAGAGACUAAUCGAAAAUUUUAUUGCCAAGAUAUUCGAGCUUAUGAUAUUUUAUUUGGAGAUAUACCGCCACCUGCUCAAGCAGAAGAUCUCUAUGAAAUUCUCAAUUCCUUUACUGAAAAGUAUGAAAAUGAAGGACAACGAAUCAACAGCAGGCGAGCGGCACGUGAGCAGCAGUGCAAGGCUAAAGAAUUACCCCCCAAACCAGGGUUGAGACCACAACAGCCAUCUGCACCUGUCCACCUGACUUCUGGCUCCCAAAAUGACAGAAAUGAGUAUAAGCUCUAUCCUGAACUUCCCAGCUAUCAUGAGAGAGUUGGCAAUUCAAAUCUGCCGAUAGAAGUGACAGCGCUCUAUUCAUUUGAAGCACAGCAGCCAGGGGAUUUGAAUUUUCAAGCUGGAGACAGAAUCAUAGUUAUAUCAAAAACAGAUUCACAUUUUGAUUGGUGGGAAGGAAAGCUUCGAGGUCAAACUGGCAUUUUUCCAGCCAACUAUGUAACCAUGAAUUAAAGUUCAUGCCACUUUCUUCUUUGAGAAUUAC